AUGUCAGGGUCUUUCUCCGCGCCCCCGCAGGUUCACACCUUCGACGGGCUUCUCUCAGAUUUCGAUGGAACAAUCGUGGACUCCACAGAUGCUAUCGUGAAGCACUGGCAUGAAAUUGGCGCUGAGCUGGGCGUGGAUCCCAAGACAAUUCUGGCCACCUCGCAUGGCCGGAGAAGCAUUGACGUGAUGCAACUAUACGACCAGACCAAGGCCAACUGGGAGUAUGUCAACUACAUUGAAGGUCAAAUCCCUAAGAAAUACGGCUCCGAUGCUACCGAGAUCCCGGGUGGCCGUAGCCUUAUCGACGCACUCGAAACCGCCGGCGCAAAAUGGGGUGUUGUUACAUCUGGCACUUCUGCCUUGAUCGACGGCUGGCUAGGCGUCAUGAAGCUCGCCCGUCCAAAGGUGCUCGUCGUCGCCCAGGACGUGGAGCUCGGCAAGCCUGAUCCCCGGUGCUAUCUGCUUGGUCGCAAGAAGCUGGGGCUUGAGGACUCGACAUCUAUCGUUGUGUUGGAAGACGCACCGUCGGGAAUCAAGGCAGGCAAGGCAGCGGGAUUCAAGGUGAUUGCGUUGACAACAACCCACUCACUUGAGUCACUCCAGGCGGCUGGGGCAGACUGGAUUGUGGAGGACUUGCGCAGUGUAUCGGUGAAGAGUGUUGUGGAUGGGCGGGUCCAGAUUGAGAUCUCGAAUGCGUUCCAAUAG